CACGGGGGCGCGGCCCGGGCCAGGCCGGGGAUCUAGAGCGAGGCCCGCUGCCCGCCGGGCGCCCAGGGCCGGGCGCUUCCCUUUUCGCCCUCGCGACCUGCAGCAUCGAAGCGCACUAAGAUGUCCACGAGGACCCCCUUGCCCACGGUGAAUGAACGAGACACCGAAAACCAUACCUCGCUUGGAGAUGGACGGCAAGAAGUCACCUCCCGCCCUGGGCGCUCUGGAGCUCGGUGUAGAAACUCGAUAGCUUCCUGUGCAGAUGAACAGCCUCACAUAGGAAACUACAGACUAUUGAAAACAAUCGGCAAGGGGAACUUUGCAAAAGUGAAAUUAGCGAGACACAUCCUUACUGGCAGAGAGGUUGCCAUAAAAAUAAUUGACAAAACACAGUUGAAUCCAACAAGUCUACAGAAGCUCUUCAGAGAAGUAAGAAUAAUGAAGAUUUUAAAUCAUCCAAACAUAGUAAAGUUGUUUGAAGUCAUUGAAACUGAAAAGACACUCUACUUAAUCAUGGAGUAUGCAAGUGGAGGUGAAGUAUUUGACUAUUUGGUUGCACAUGGAAGAAUGAAGGAAAAAGAAGCAAGAGCUAAAUUUAGACAGAUCGUGUCUGCAGUGCAAUAUUGCCACCAAAAACGGAUCGUUCACAGAGACCUCAAGGCUGAAAAUCUAUUGUUAGAUGCGGAUAUGAACAUUAAAAUAGCAGAUUUUGGUUUUAGCAAUGAAUUUACUGUUGGCAAUAAACUAGACACGUUUUGUGGUAGUCCUCCAUAUGCAGCCCCAGAGCUCUUCCAGGGCAAGAAGUAUGAUGGGCCAGAGGUGGACGUGUGGAGUCUUGGCGUGAUUCUCUACACCCUAGUUAGUGGGUCGCUUCCCUUUGAUGGACAAAAUCUGAAGGAACUGAGAGAAAGAGUAUUAAGAGGGAAAUACAGAAUCCCUUUCUACAUGUCCACAGACUGUGAAAACCUUCUCAAACGCUUCCUGGUGCUAAACCCAAUUAAACGUGGCACUCUAGAGCAAAUCAUGAAGGACAGAUGGAUCAAUGCAGGGCAUGAGGAAGAUGAACUUAAACCAUUCAUUGAACCAGAACUAAACAUCUCAGACCAGAAAAGAAUAGAUAUUAUGGUAGGAAUGGGAUAUUCACAGGAAGAAAUCCAAGAAUCUCUUAGUAAAAUGAAAUAUGAUGAAAUAACAGCUACAUAUUUGUUGCUGGGGAGAAAAUCUUCUGAGCUGGACGCUAGUGACUCCAGUUCUAGCAGCAACCUUUCACUUGCUAAGGUGCGGCCAAGCAGCGACCUCAGCAGCAGCACCGGCCAGUCUCCUCACCACAAAGUGCAGAGAAGCGUUUCUUCCAGCCAGAAGCAGCGGCGGUACAGUGACCAUGCUGGACCAGCUAUUCCUUCAGUUGUUGCAUAUCCAAAGAGGAGUCAGACCAGCACUGCAGACAGUGACCUCAAAGAAGAUGGAAUUCCCUCCCGAAAAUCUAGCAGCAGUGCUGUGGGAGGAAAAGGGAUUGCGCCAGCCAGCCCCAUGCUUGGGAAUGCAAGUAAUCCCAACAAGGCAGAUAUUCCUGAACGCAAGAAAAGCCCUGCUGUCACCAGCAGUAAUACAGCGUCUGGUGGAAUGACCCGGCGAAACACUUACGUUUGCAGUGAGAGAACUACUGCAGACAGACACUCAGUGAUUCAGAAUGGCAAGGAGACCAGCCUGACGGAAGUGUUCGCUUAUGCAGCUAGCCCUGCCUCUGUCUGUGCCACAUCUUCCACCUGUCGGCUGAGACAUCAGAAGUCGAUGUCCAUGUCAGCCUCUGGGCACCCCAAGAUGAUGGUACCUCCAAUAGACAGUGAAGGAGAUAACUUCAAAGCUAUCACUGUUCCUGAUCAGAGAACUCCAGUUGCUUCAACCCACAGUAUUAGCAGUGCGGCCACCCCAGAUCGAAUUCACUUCCCACGAGGCACUGCCAGUCGUAGCACUUUCCACGGCCAGCCCCGGGAGCGGCGAACCGCAACGUAUAAUGGCCCACCUGCCUCACCCAGCCUGUCCCACGAAGCCACACCACUGUCUCAGACUCGAAGUCGAGGUUCCACUAAUCUUUUUAGUAAAUUAACUUCAAAACUCACAAGGCGAAACAUGUCAUUCAGGUUUAUCAAAAGGCUUCCAACUGAAUAUGAGAGGAACGGGAGAUAUGAGGGCUCAAGUCGCAAUGUGUCUGCCGAGCAAAAGGACGAGAACAGAGAAGCAAAGCCUCGCUCUCUGCGCUUCACCUGGAGCAUGAAAACCACUAGUUCCAUGGACCCCAGUGACAUGAUGCGGGAGAUCCGCAAAGUGCUGGACGCCAACAACUGCGACUACGAGCAAAGGGAGCGCUUCCUGCUCUUCUGUGUCCAUGGCGAUGGGCAUGCCACUGAGAACCUGGUGCAGUGGGAGAUGGAAGUGUGCAAGCUGCCAAGACUGUCUCUGAACGGUGUCCGGUUUAAGCGGAUAUCAGGGACAUCCAUAGCUUUCAAAAAUAUCGCUUCCAAAAUUGCCAAUGAGCUAAAGCUGUAACCCAGUAACUAUGGUGUAAACUAAGUAGCAACUGAAAGUGUUUCCUGACACUGACGGAAAUGUAUAGAGUAAUAUUUAGGCAAUAACAUCUGCACCCUCUAAAUCGUGACAUUAAGGUCUGAGGACGUGCGCACGCUGGGAGCAGACGCUGGCCUUCUCUACGAAUGCACUACAUUAAAGUCAUGUGACCUGUGCCUCUGUCUUGUUUCCAUUGCCCUGGGAAUCCUUGUGUGCCACGGUGGCCACGCCUCGAGUGUGGUGUGAGUGCAGGGGUGUGGGCAGCAGUGUGUGCGAAGCAUCUCCUCACACUCAGCCGGUGUUGUCACUAGUACCUCUGCAGGAGAUCUUUUGGUGCUAAACUUCACAAUUGCCAAGGAGGAAAAUACUGAAUUACUGCUAAGAAUUAACCUUAAACUAGUUGAUAAUUAAUACAGGUUUACAGUUCAUGCCUGUGGUUUUGUGUUUGUUUUGUGUUUUUUUAGUGCAAAAAGGUUUAAAUUUAUAGUUGUGAACAUUGCUUGUGUGUGUUUUUCUAAGUAGAUUCACAAGAUAAUUAAAAAUUCACUUUUUCUCAGUAAAA